AUGAUACCGGGCAUUGUUGCCUUUUCUGCACAUUACUUUUGGUUUCUUCUACAAAUUGGUUGCCAUUGCUUUACUAAGACGCUACGCAACAUAAAAAGUGAUCAUCGAACAAAUGCUCUUCUUUUCUUCAUCGACAAUGAAAUUCACUGUUUUCAUGUUAACGUCAAACAGCUCUGUCGCCUUUAUGUCACUCUCUCAUCAUUGGCCUACAUCGGCUUUUAUGCUAGUAAAGAUCUGCUCAAUUGUUUGAUUGUUCCCUCUGGUCAAGUGCCUCUUACACUCAUGUGGGGUUUGCAUUUAUUUCAUCUACUCGGUUUGGCAUUGCACGUUGGUUUGACAGUAUGCUCGAAUUGGACAAAGACCAGUGAAGCAAUGAAAGUAUGGGCGCCACCCUCGUCGGAAGAUCUUCAAACCCAAGAUGCAGAUGAACCGCCACUUGCCAAUGAAGAUACGGGUGAUAGAACGAUCGCAGAACACGACCCUACUCCUCUGUACAUCAACGAUUUUAAGCCUGUCUAUUUUGCAAACCUUUGUUCUCUGUGCUUCAAAGGUCCACUCGAUCGAUAUUAUGAUUCUCACAUCAUGAUUCGUUUGACUCAUCAUGAUCGAAUGGCAGCAUGUAAUUGGCAAUUUGAAGAAUUCACUAUUGAAGAUAUGAUUCUUUUGGCAGCGUUAGCAUAUCAGCCUACAGAAGAAUUACAAACUGAAAUUGAUCAUUUCUAUCUGUCGAAAGCGAACAGAUCACGAAUGAUGCGUAUUGACACUAAGCACAGUCAAUUCCAAUCCCAUGGGUACGGAAAUGUAACAUAUUUUACGCUUGUUACACCACAUACGAUCAUUGUCAGCAUUCGAGGUACUAAAUUGUUGUAUGAGUGUCAACGUCAAUCUGAAAAAACCGUACAAGAACCGGUUUUAUAUACAACAAAUCAUACCAAAACUGAAAAAAAUUCGUCAAUUAUACCACGACAGACGCUCAUUCAUUCUUGUCGGCCACUCACUCGGUGGUGGUCUAGCGAAGCUAGCUGGUGCAGCAAUGCUAAAUGA